ACAAAACCCAGCCGCCGCUCCAAGCCUCCCACCCGAUUUAGCCUCCUGAGGACGGAAAAACAGGGGAAAGUCGGGGGGAAAAGAUUGGAAAAGUCACAGAAAGCAAAGGAAAGACGGAAGAAAUUGAAGGAUGGGGCACGGUGUCGCACACUUCAAUUUGGAUAUUUUUAUCUGAAAAGAAGGUGAUGGAUUUCAGAUGAGGCAUGCUGGCAAUGCUCAUGGUUUUAGCAACAUGGUGCUGGAGAACUUGAUGCUUUUUUCUAUAAAAAGUUUGUACAUGAUGGAAAAAUGAGCGGCAAAAAUUGGUAUCUGUUUGAGUUCCUUUAAUCAUGUAUUUGAAGGAGGGUUGCUCAUUAUUGCUGAAGGUCCGAAAACCUGUGCAACCGAUGGCACUCAUGAUGAAUUUGAUAUCUGAUCACAAACGAGUAAAGGACAUGAGUGCUCCAAAAUUGAGAGAGACUGAUGUUGUGAAUAGAAUACGGCAUGAGAGAGACAUUACGGUUGCACUGGAAUAUUUCAAAUCUGUGGCUGUGUCGGAAGUUUUCAAGCACACAGAGCUGACAUAUCAAGCCAUGAUAGAGAAACUAGGAAGGGAAAAUCAGAUGGAUGCCGUUCAGUACCUUUUGCAGCAGAUGAAGAUGGAAGGACUACCUUGUUCUGAGGAAAUCAUUGUAGGUGUCAUAAAUUCUUAUUCUCGAAUAGGCUCCACAGAGCAAGCCCUGAAGACAUUUUACCGGAUCCAAGAUCUUGGUUGCAGGCCAACAGUGAGAAUUUAUAACCAUCUUCUGGAUGCUUUGCUUCAAGAUAACAAAUUUAACAUGAUCAAUCCUAUCUAUACAAACAUGAAGAAAGAUGAUCUAGAGCCCAAUAUGUUCACCUACAAUAUACUUAUCAAAGCUUUGUGCCAGAAUGAUCGGGUGGAUGCUGCCUAUAAGCUUCUCAUUGAAAUGUCGAAUAAGGGGCAUUGUCCUGACAGUGUUAGCUACACAACAAUAGUGUCUGCUCUCUGUAGGUUUGGGAAGCUAAGAGAAGCAAGCGAUCUUCUGCUGAGAAUAGCCCCUACAGUGUCUACUUAUAAUGCUUUGAUAAAUGGUAUGUGUGGUGAAUUUAGAAUGGAAGAGGUAUUUUCUUUGCUAGAAGAAAUGUUUAAUAGGGGUAUCAGCCCUAAUGUAAUUACUUACACUACAAUAGUUAAUGCACUUUGCAAGGCAGGUGACUUGAAGUUGUCUCUUGCUGUUUUGGCACAAAUGUUGGUAAGAGGAUGCAGCCCUAAUAUCGUCACUUUUACAUCAUUGAUGAAAGGGUUUUUUGAAGAAGGCAGAGUGCCUGAAGCUCUUGAUGUGUGGACCUGGAUGAUUCAAGAGAGAUGUAUGCCCAAUGUUGUCGCAUUUAAUAUUCUUGUCCAUGGUCUUUGCUUUAAUGGAGAUCCAAGGAAAGCACUAGAUGUCUUGGAUGGGAUGGAAAAAAAUGGCAGUCCUCCAAAUGUCAAGACCUAUAGUAGUCUUAUUGAUGGUUUCUCGAAAGUAGGAGACCUAGAAAGUGCUAUUUCAGUCUGGAACAAGAUGAUGAGCAGUGGUUGCAAACCUAACAUUGUUGUGUAUACGUGCAUGGUGGAUGCUUUUUGCAGGAAGUCCAUGUUUGAUCAUGCUCAUCGUCUUAUUGAGAAUAUGCUUUCUGAAAAUUGUCCUCCAAAUACAGUGACAUUUAACACAUUGAUAAAAGGUCUGUGUGACACUGGAAGAGUAGGCUGGGCCAUGAGUAUAUUAGAUGAGAUGAGAAGGCAUGGUUGUCAACCAAACAUCAGGACAUACAAUGAGUUGCUUGAUGGUCUUUGCAGAGGAGGACAGUUUAUGCAAGCCCUCCAGUUCGUGAAUGAUACGUUGGAAAGUGGGGCUGAUUUGAAUUUAGUGACUUACAACACUAUAAUACAUGGCCUCUGCCAGGUGGGUAGGAUCAAGGAGUCUUUACUACUUAAAGGAAAGAUGAUAGUUCAGGGGAUUCAACCUGAUUCACUCACUAUUAAUUCAAUCAUCCAUGCUUAUUGUAAGGAAGGUGAAGUUAGGAUUGCAGCUCAACUUUUAGGUGGAAUGGCUUCAGAAAAUUGUUGCCGUGAUGUAAUCACAUACACUACUCUAAUUUCUGGUCUUUGCAGUCAACAGAGACUAGAAGAUGCUGCAGUGUAUCUUCUGAAGAUGUUAAAUGAAGGCAUUUCUCCAAACAUUGCCACGUGGAAUGUUUUGGUGCGUGCUGUUUUUGUGAAGUUGGGUUAUUCCAGUGCAAUUCAGUCAGUGGAUAACAUUCUGGGUAAACGUGCAGACUAUAGGAGUCUGGUUAACAGAUGAUUCAUCAUGGAUCACAGAACAUAUGAACUUUCAAGAUGAGUAUAUGCUGAUAGAAAUUUUCUGAUCUGCUGAAUAUUUCAGGUAGUUCCUAAUGCAUUUUGGUUCACAUUACGGCUAUUGCUAUUGGUGUGACUUGAUCAUAAUCUGUCACAGUUGCAAAGUAUUGCGAUAACCAAGAUCACAGGCUUAAAUCAUUGAAAUCCUUUUACUUGAAGUUUGUGAUUGGCUAAAGAUUUCAUGGUAUUCUCCACAGGUGCAGAGUAGUUUCAGCUUUUGAUACAUGAUAGGACCAAAGAGAGAAUUCUAUGGCAGCAGGUUGUGUGCACCAACCAGCAAGGAAUCCUGUCCUUUAUUUGAAUAGAGGAUUUAAACUCUGAUUCCUGUCAAGAAGAAUCUUGUCCACUUAAAGCAGUUUUCUUCUGCUGCGGUUUGGCUGGUGUUGCCAACCAACAUAUUUUGACUGGGUUGUUGGUCCUGUUGAGGGAGUAGUUCAAUUGAGAGGUGGCAAUAAAACUAUAAAAUAUUUGAUGAUUUUUAUCUUUUAAUUUUCAAGCUGGAAUUAUUCAGAAUAAUGAGUUGCCAAUGAAAAGCAAUUGAGUUUAAAGGUCAAUUCCAGCAAUUCCACUUUGAUGUUCUGCCAUGGACAACAUGACAUAUGCCUUUUCUGUCUGGUGGUUUGGAUGAGACUGUUGUAGGUCAGAAGUGAAGCACAACAAACUGAGUAUUGAACUCAUGCAAUUAGUUCAUUCAUUUAUAGUUCAUUUUCCUUCUGCUAGAUGAUUUUGAGCCUUACUGCAUAAUAUCAUGAAAACUUGACCAAAUGUACAGUGAUUAAAAUGAAAAAUCUUUUAUUUAUGAUACCUCUGGGUUGAAUUUUACUCAAAAAAGGUUACAUUGGAUUGAAAAUGGCAGACUGUUCUCUUUUAAGUGGUAAAAUGUGGAGAGCAACUGAUGAGUAAAAUCUUUUAGUGUGUGGUGAAGGUUGUGCUGUGCUAAAAAGAAAGAAUGGUGUUUGUAUACUAUGUUUUGUCAGGAGGUCAACUCUGAAGGAAUUAUCAGCCCUACUUGAUCAUAGGAUGUUAGUAAAAUGAAUUAUUUCGAGGUAAUAAACCCCCAGUUUUAUCAUGGGCUGGUGAAAUGGUAUCUGGCUCCUUUUACUAUUUUUACUUUUACAGAUGGUAACAGGCUGUCAUAGAUUCUAUCUGGCUUCUUUUAUUUGUAAGUUGGGUCUUGUGGUCAUUCAAGAAGAGGAAGCACAUCUGUUUUCUCUGUUAUCUUGUUUACCUGAUAAUAUUUGAGCAUCUGACCUCUUUUCUUCAUUGUAGGGUUCCCCAGAUCUCUUUCAAUGUCAAAGGCUAAAGGAUCGACCACAAUCCCUUGCUCGGCUGUUUGUAAACAGUUAAUGCAUUGAGAUUGGCACAUGAAACAGAUUCUCGUCCAUGGAAUAUGAAUGAAUACCUAAAUCAAUACUCUAGGUUGAUUUCCCUGUUGUAAAUUUGAAAGGCCUUGAAUUAUCUUAACUAAUAAGAGCGGUAGUCCUUUCCUGGGGAUAAGGCCUCUCAGCAGUAGUCCGUUCAUUUUACACUUGGGUGAAUCAAAUGCUUUGAUGAGGCCUUUUCUGGGGAUAUGGAAACCACCAUUUAUUCAAUAUGCCUGCAUUUUUCUCUAUUGCAGUGUUUCUCACUAGGUUAAGAGAGAUUAUCGCUUGUUACCAUAUUUCUCUAGGGAAGUCUAAAAGAAUUUUUAUGUGUUA